UGUGUGUGGAACAGGGAGUGUGUGUGCGUGCGUGUGUUUGUGUGUGUGUGUUCUCUUAGCCAUAUAUAUUGGGCCAUGUGGAGUUUUGUAGGAUAGACUCUGUAUUGGCUGCAGGGCUGUUGGCCUCCCUUUCUUCAUUUCUCUCUUAAAGAGAACCAGCAGGAAUAUAAAGCAGCCUUCAGAUCUCUCUGGACUGCUUGUUGUUGGGAACUGAAGAACCGUUAUUCCCCUGAGAGUCUCACCGAGUACCUGACCCUGUAGAAAAAAUGAGUGAUCUGCUGGACGAUGGCUCUUUCAUGUUCACGUCUGAGUCCGUAGGAGAGGGACAUCCAGACAAGAUCUGUGACCAGAUCAGUGAUGCUGUCCUGGAUGCUCACCUGAAAGAGGACCCAGAUGCCAAAGUGGCCUGUGAGACAGUUUGUAAGACUGGCAUGGUGUUGCUCUGUGGAGAGAUCACAUCUCGGGCCAAUGUGGACUACCAGAAGGUAGUGAGGGAGGCCAUCAAACACAUCGGCUACGACAACUCCGACAAAGGUUUUGACUACAAGACGUGUAAUGUGCUGGUCGCUCUGGAGCAGCAAAGUCCAGACAUUGCUCAGGGGGUCCACAUUGACAGACAGGAGGAGGACAUUGGAGCAGGAGACCAGGGUCUGAUGUUCGGCUAUGCCACAGAUGAGACAGAGGAGUGCAUGCCUCUCACCAUCGUCUUAGCCCACAAACUCAACUCAAAGAUGGCUGAACUCAGACGCAAUGGCACCAUCCCCUGGCUGCGCCCUGACUCUAAAACACAGGUGACAGUACACUAUGAACAGAAGGAUGGAGCUGUGAUCCCCAAGCGAGUUCACACCAUCGUGAUCUCUGUGCAGCAUGAUGACUGCAUCUCACUGGAGGACCAGAAGAGGGUGCUCAAGGAGAAGGUGAUCAACGCUGUGGUUCCUGCUAAAUAUUUGGACGACAAGACCAUCUACCACCUCCAGCCUAGUGGUCGCUUUGUCAUCGGAGGACCCCAGGGUGAUGCUGGUGUGACAGGCAGGAAAAUCAUUGUAGACACAUAUGGAGGAUGGGGAGCUCACGGUGGUGGAGCUUUCUCUGGGAAAGACUUCUCAAAGGUGGACCGCUCUGCUGCCUACGCCGCCCGCUGGGUGGCCAAGUCUCUGGUCAAAGCCAAACUGUGCAGGAGAGUUCUGGUUCAGGUGUCGUAUGCUAUCGGUGUGGCCCAUCCUCUAUCUAUCUCCUUGUUCACUUACGGUUCCUCUCAGAAAUCAGAGUCAGAGCUGCUGCAGAUUGUCAACAAGAACUUUGAUCUGCGGCCAGGAGUCAUUGUCAGAGAACUGAACCUGAAGAGGCCAAUCUACCAGAAGACAGCCUCAUACGGCCACUUUGGCCGACCAGAGUUUUCUUGGGAGGUGCCCAAAAAGCUUGUCUUCUAAAUACUCUACCCGCUCGUCCUGACUGACUCACCUGGACAAGACGCCUCUUUGUGGGCUACAACUGCUAGAUAGGAAGAACUAAAGCCAAAGUUUAGGGAUAAGUCAGCUUUAAAGAGGUGAGUAGAUAAUUAUAUGCAAAGGUGGUUGUAGCUGAUGGACAGAUAAUAAGGACAACGCAGAGGUCAGAUCAGUAACCAAUCCUUUCCCCCAUCCUUUUCUAGUCCACAGAACAUCAAAUCAUUUUUAGAAAUAUAUACAAUCACUAGCCAAAGAUCUUCCCUGGUGGCGUAAAGGAACACCAAAGCAAAUGAAAUACUCUGAAGAUAAAUACUUUGUCACCACUAGAUGCUGAGUGUUUUACCUCAAAGCUGUGAAUGUUCCUUUAUGUAACUGGUGUGACGUACAGGAACAACCUUGGUGCUUCAUUUUCAAAAGUAGCUUCUUGACAACUGCAAGUAUUUCAUCCAUGACUUUCAUAUGAGUGCCAGAAGUGUAAUUAUAGCUCAACCAAAGGCUUGGGUUUAGAAGAUCUUUUUGUUAUGACUGUAAAAUUCCUUGUCAAAAGUCUUAUUUUGUAAUAGGUGCUACAGGAAGCUGUUUGCGCUGUUACGGUCAUCACUGUACAAAAGCACAGGUGCUUCUCUGUUAAAUAUAUGUUACAAUCAAUCAAAUGUAAAAUAGCCAUGCAGUCUUAUGUUCAGCCCUGCUUUGUUUUAAUAUCAAGUUGCUUUUUUUUUUUGCUGCACAGCUCUCCCCUGUGGCUUUUAUCUUUAGAGUUUUAUCUUUAAAUGUCUUAUUUUUUACCCGCAGGCCUGCUGCUGUGACUGAGUCUAUAAAUGUGACUCAUGUUAGCAAAUAACUAGAAGUCUGAAAUGAUUUGAUUGUGAAUCAAUCUGUGCUCUUUUUGCAGUGGAUUACUAAGCUGCACACUCUUGAGACUAAAGCAUUUCGAGGACCACUGAUGUCUUAGAGUUGCCGUUAUAGACCUAUGUUGAAUCAAUCUUCUCUAUGUCUUUGAGAUAUUAAGUAAAUUUCUUACUUACUGUGAGCUUGAUGAUCUAAAAAAAACCAAAACAUUUUGGACUAGUUACACUGCAGCUCUACACUGCAGCCCCCAUGAAUUUAGAGGAAUAAAGGGAGUGUUUAUUGAAAUACUUCUCACAGGGCAUUUAGGAAAGUUUAAGUCCGCUUUCGUCAUCGCUUAAUCACAAAGUAUUUAAUCGAAUACUUUUUCUUCUCAAACACUUCUGAUGGGAUUGAGGAAGCGUGGCCAGUACUUUAAAAACUUCAUGUCUGUAGUGGUUUCUAGGACUUUGUGGUGAGUGUUAACAACCCGUGCUUUCAUCUACAGCCGACACCGUUUUUGUAAGAGAGGUUUUUCCUCCAUUUAAUGUGUUGAUUUGUCUGCAGAGGAACUUGACAAAUGUAAAUAAUUAAACAAUAAACAGAAUUAAAGA